AUGUCUUCCCACACCUACACUGAAGCUAUAGAUGUUUUGAACUCGUUGCAAUCCAAUUUUGCCUACAUUCAGGCAUUGAAACAGUCUGGUGUUAAGAAAACACCCAGCUCGAUGGCUGAGAUGAAGAGCUGGCUCCAUGAGCUAGGCUACAAUCCCACUGACUUCAACAAGUUGAAUAUCAUUCAUAUCACAGGAACUAAAGGUAAGGGCUCAACAUGCGCUUUCACCAGCUCGAUCUUGCAACAAUACUCUCCAAAACACCUUCACAAAAUUGGCUUAUACACUUCUCCACAUUUGAAGAGUGUUAGAGAAAGAAUCUCAAUCAACGGCUCUCCCAUCCCCGAAAAAGAUUUCACUCGAUACUUCUUUCAAAUUUGGAAUGUUCUUAAACAUAGUGAGACAAAACUAAGCUACUUCAAAUUCCUAACCCUAUUGUCCUUCCAUGUUUUUAUGAAAGAAGGUGUCGAUACUGCUAUCUACGAAGUUGGUGUUGGCGGUGAAUAUGAUUCAACCAAUGUGAUUCACACUCCCACUUGUACUGGAGUAACCUCCUUGGGUAUCGAUCAUACUACCAUGCUUGGUAACACUAUCUCUGAAAUUGCUUGGAACAAAUCAGGAAUCUUUAAGAAAAACUCAAACUCUUAUACAAUAGUUGGCCAGCCAACUGAAGGCUUAAAUGUUUUGAAAGAAAGAGCAAAGGAAAGAGAAUCACCUUUAUCAAUUGUUCCAAUUCACCCUCAACUAUCCUCAAUUAAACUUGGUUUAGCUGGCGACUUCCAAAAGUAUAAUGCCUCUUUAUCAAUAGCUUUAGCAACCCAACAUUUAAAAAAACUAAAAAUAUUACCAAAUCAUCUCAACACCUCGCUUUCCUUACCCAAUGAAUUUAAAAUUGGUCUAGAAAAAACUCAAUGGUUAGGUAGAUGUCAAACAUUAUUCGAUCUUGCUUAUAAAAAUUUAACUUGGUAUCUUGAUGGUGCUCAUACAAAGGAAUCAAUUGAAGCUUCUGCCAAUUGGUUUAAAAAUGUAACUAACCAAACUGACAAGAAAAAAAUUCGAAUUCUCUUAUUUAACCAACAAAAAAGGGACGCUGCUCUUUUAGUAACUCACCUUCACCACACUAUCUACCCCACUGUAAAUUUCGAUUACGUAUUAUUCACAACAAAUGUCACUUGGGCCUCUGGAAAUUACUCAAUUGAUUUAGUCUCAAUCAACACUGAUAAAAAGGCUGUUGAUAAUUUAGAGGUUCAAAAUUCAACCUCAAAUACCUGGAAAUCCUUAGAUGAAAUUUCUCAAAGAUUGGUUUUCCAUGAUAUUGAAUCCUCAAUUAAAUUCGUCAAUGAUAUUGCCAAUAAUAACCCAGACUCUCAAAUCGAUGUAUACGUUAAUGGUUCUUUGCAUUUAGUUGGUGGGUUUUUAACUGUCUAUGAUUCAAUGAAAGAAAACCACUCAUAG